AUAGGGUGGAGUUCUCGAGUAGUAACACUCUACACCUCCUUUUAUCUUGUCUCAUCUUAAUUUCUUUUGUUUGGUAUAUGAAAGCCAUCACGUGAAUGCCUUGCAGACAACUCUUCUCUUUUUAGCCUUUCCUUCCUUUUAUAAGAACCCUACCACCAUAUGCUAACCCUCUUUCUCAUUCAUUCUCUUAUACCUCUUCUUUACCUCACCCUAUCCCUCUGUACUGUCCACUGUCCAUUUUUGCUGAAUAUCACACUUCUCUCUCAUCUGCUCCAUCCAUGACUCCUGUUUCUCUGAACCCACCACCAGGUCCUUCCAUACAAGGUCACACCCAACUCUUCAUUUCUCCUAAUAAUCAGGACUGCCUUACCUUAUUUAACAUACUUGAUCCAAGGCAAGCCUUUGAGUUUAGAGAAAAUUAUCCUCAGGAUGAUGAUAAGAUGGUAUUGAAUCAUGAUGGAUCAUCAAGCAAUAAUCAACUUUGCAAUUCAUCCUUCAUUUCACCUGCGCCAGUUAUGGAUGAUCCAAGCAGCGCAUGUGACCGUGAUAUAUCCUUACACAAAAUGGACGGGGAAGAUGGCAAAAAUGGUCACGGAUCUGUGAAAUGGAUGUCUUCAAAGAUGAGGUUGAUGAAAAAAAUGAUGAGACCCAGUACUAGUCCAGUCACUGACAAAGCAAUCAAAAGUACUACUAUUUCUCCAAGUUCAAGAUUCCAAAAUCAAGGGUACGAAAAUCGGUACAGCCAAAGAAGCCCUCGUAACAAUGGCAGUAGCAUCACUAGGGUUUGUUCGGAUUGUAAUACAAGCAGUACCCCACUUUGGAGGAGUGGCCCUAAGGGUCCCAAGUCGCUUUGCAAUGCCUGUGGCAUUAGACAAAGGAAAGCAAGAAGGGCAAUGGCAGAAGCAGCAAAUGGUUUGGCCACUCCCACGAAUAAUGCAGCAUCCACAAAGACCAGAGUGCAUAACAAAGAGAAAAAGUCUCGAACAAACCAUUUUGCACAGUUGAAGAACAAGCACAAGUCCAGUACUACAACCAGUUCAGCCUCAUCUGAGGGAGUGAGAAAGUUUGAAUAUUUCAAAGACUUCACCAUAAGUUUGAGGAAUAACACUGCUUUUCCACAAGUGUUUCCAAGGGAUGAAGUAGCUGAGGCAGCAUUGCUUCUGAUGGACUUGUCUUGUGGUUUUGUUCACUUAUAAUAAGCUAUAUAGAUACUUUUGCCAUUUUUUUCAUGACUUUUAUAAUUAAAAAAAAAAUCCGUAAUUAUUUGUUUGGUUGUGACUCGUGAGUUGUGAAGUCGAUCGAGAUGUAUCUGCAGAAGAACCAAAAUAUUGUCGGUUCCGUUAUAUAUAGCUACAUUUGUGAUGAUUGAGUUAUGAGUUUAUGUUAGCAAUCAUAUAUCUUUAAUUAGUUUCAUAUUCUAUCUUGAGUUUAUAUGUCAAGAAAAAAAAAAGGGACAGAUAUUGCUGUUGCAGCAUGUUUUAAC